AUGGAGACCAAGAGAAACGAGGAGGAAGGCAUGGCGUCAACAGCGCUACCCAGCUUCACCAUCCUCUCUCUCCUCCUACUCGCAGCCUCUUCAUGCAUAUCCGCCGGAACCCACGAAGCCUUCCUCCAAUGCUUCCUUAAGAAGACCAACAGUAGUAGCUCAGCCUCCUCUUCACUCAUCCACACUCCUGACACCCCAUCCUUCUACUCCAUCCACAACGCCACCGUCCGAAAUUCGAGGUUCGCAUCAACUUCCGGCGCUACGAAGCCGACCUUCGUCGUGACCCCGAAAACUGGCUCCGAUGUCCAAGCUGCAGUCACCUGUGGCAAGGCCACCGGCCUUCACUUGAGGGUCCGGAGCGGCGGCCACGAUUACGAGGCCCGGUCGUCUUACUCCAACGGCGACCCUUUCGUCAUCGUCGACCUCGCCAACUUACGCUCCAUCACGGUCGACGCGGCCGAAGGGACUGCAUGGGUCGGCGCCGGCGCAACGGUCGGUGAGCUGUACUACAACAUCAACGCCCAAACCAAGAAGGACACCGUCGCGUUCCCGGCGAGCCUCUGCGCGAGCGUCGGCGUCGGUGGGAUAAUUGGCGGCGGUGGGCUGAGCGCUAUGAGCAGAAAGUUCGGUGCCGCGGCCGACAACGUCGUCGAUGCCUCGAUCGUAGAUGUCAACGGCAGAAUCUUGGAUAGAGAAUUAAUGGGUGAGGAUCUCUUCUGGGCCAUAAGAGGAGGGAGUUCUGCCAGCUUCGGCGUCGUGCUGGCUUACAAGAUCCGGUUAGUCUCCGUACCCCCCACGGUCACGGUGUUCAGGGUUAACAGAACCUUAGAACAAGAUUUAAGUAAUCUGGUGGAGAAAUGGCAGAAAGUUUCGCAUGAUUCCAGUGACGACCUCUUCCUCAGAAUCCUUACAAUCGCCGUCGGGGCAGGUGCGAACAGAACGAUCCUUGCCACUUUCGAGGGCAUGCUCCUCGGCGGGCGCGAUGAGUUCCUCUCCGCGCUGCAGAAUAGCUACCCCGAGCUCGGCGUCGAGGCGAACGACCUCAUCGAGUUGAAGUGGAUAGAAUCUACUCUCUUCUUUGCGGGCUAUCCUACCACGGACACGAGCCUCUUAUUGGACAGGAGGCCGUAUAGAAACAGAACCUUCAAGGCCAAGUCUGACUUUCCAAGGGAGCCUAUAUCUGCUGAUGCGUGGGAUAAGAUCUGGAAGUACUUAUUAGAUGCAGUAGACGAGAGUCUUCAGAUUAUUAUCUCUCCAUGGGGAGGGAAGUUUGAAGAGAUACCUGAGGAUGCCAUUCCUUUCCCUCACAGGAAGGGAAAUUUUAUCAACCUUCAGUACUUCUUGUUCUGGCCUGACAGUCCGGACGAGGUCAAUCAGAAGCAUUUGGAUUUCAUGAGAGGUUUCUACGACUUCAUGGCUCCAUAUGUUUCGAGCAACCCGAGAGCUACCUAUUUCAACGUCAAGGAUUUGGAUCUAGGUACCAAUAAAAUAGGAAAUACAACCUACUCUGAUGCUACUGUAUGGGGCAAGAAUUAUUUCCGCGGCAACUUUGAAAGGCUGGCACGCGUGAAGGCUCUAGUUGAUCCGGACAACUACUUUUGGAAUGAGCAAAGCAUCCCUCCUUUUUCGGCAUAGAUUAAUGGAACUCUUGUUUUGCAAAAAAUAAAUGCAUUAGAUUUUCUUUAAAUGUAUUCGAUUAUUUGC